CCGCUUCAGUACCGCCAGCGCCAACAACAGCAACGAACUCCGUCGUUCAUCGGCUUUUCUCGCCGUAAAGCCACCAUAUUCAUCGUCAUUCCCACGGAUUUUGCUAUAUUCCUCUUCUCCGUUCAAGCUUCUCUCCCUAGAGUAUCGCCAACGUCAACUUAUUUCUCCAUUGUAUUCAUCAAGCCCUUCUCCUCUCACUCUACAACCGUUUCUCUGCUUAGAAAUGGCUCGCCUCCAGGUUGGGUAUUUGGUUCCGCUUGAUAAAAAUCUGGAGGUAGACAAUUCGGGGCUAAAAAUACGUCUCUCUGAGGGCCCAAAUUCCAUCGGCCGUAGCAACGUUCUCGUUUCUGAGAAGAGGAUCAGCCGCAAGCACAUCACUCUUACCACCUCCACUGACGGUUCUGCUAAACUACUUGUGGAAGGUACGAAUCCAGUUGUUAUUAAUUCUGGUGAUGGUAGAAAGAAACUUGGUCCUCGUGAAAGUGUGAUAAUUCGGGACGGGGAUGUUAUAGAGUUGAUUCCAGGCCAUUAUCCUUUCAAGUAUGCAUCGCAUUGUUUCAAUUCAAGGCCCGGCUCGGAGGAUUUGGGACAGAAGAGAGUUCGACAAGUGGCACACGAUAAAAUUUCUGAGAGAGUGGCUAAGAGGGCUGAAAUGGGAAGCCCUUUGGAGAAUAUGCAAUCUGGAUCCUCGCAGUCUAAGGAAGCCAACAGUGUGGAAGCUAUUCGCAAUUUUCACAUUCCCGACGAUAGAUUGCCAAUGACUUUCAGACUUUUGAGUGUUAAAGGCCUGCCUCCAUGGGCUAAUACAUCAUGUGUGAGGAUUACUGAUAUUAUACAGGGAGACAUUCUCUUCGCUGUCCUGUCAAAUUACAUGGUGGAUAUUGAUUGGUUAAUACCUGCAUGUCCUGCUCUUGCAAAAGUUCCUCAGGUGCUGGUUAUUCAUGGCGAGGGUGAUGGAACACUGGAUAACAUGAAGAGGAAGAAGCCUGCUAAUUGGAUUUUGCACAAACCACCACUACCCAUAUCUUUUGGGACUCACCAUUCUAAAGCAAUAUUUCUUGUCUAUCCUCGAGGAAUAAGAAUGGUUGUACACACUGCAAAUUUAAUCUAUGUUGAUUGGAACAACAAAAGUCAAGGUUUAUGGAUGCAAGAUUUCCCCUGGAAAGAUCAAAAUUCUUCUUCAAGAGGAUGUGCAUUCGAAGAUGACUUGGUUGAUUAUCUUAGUGCUUUGAAGUGGCCAGAAUUUCCUGCUAGUUUUCCAGGUCAUGGAAACUUCAAUAUCAAUCCAUAUUUUUUCAGAAAGUUUGAUUAUAGUAAAGCAGCGGUUAGAUUGAUCGCUUCUGUGCCUGGAUAUCACACGGGUCGCUAUUUAAAGAAGUGGGGCCAUAUGAAACUACGUUCUGUUCUCCAGGAAUGCAUUUUUGAUAAAGAGUUUCAGAGAUCUCCUCUUGUUUACCAGUUCUCUUCCCUUGGAUCAUUGAAUGAGAAAUGGAUGGCAGAGUUUGCAGCAUCACUGUCAUCAGGUUUCACACCUGAUAAAACGCCUCUAGGCCUUGGGGAACCACUAAUAGUAUGGCCUACUGUGGAAGAUGUCAGAUGCUCUCUGGAGGGUUAUGCUGCUGGAAGUGCCGUUCCAAGUCCAUUAAAGAAUGUGGAGAAGGGAUUUUUGACGAAGUAUUGGGCAAAAUGGAAUUCAUUCCACAGUGGCCGAUGUCAUGCAAUGCCGCACAUAAAGACAUUUGCUCGUUAUAAUGGUCAAAAACUUGCUUGGUUAGUGCUAACGUCAUCUAACCUCAGCCAAGCUGCCUGGGGAGCACUUCAGAAGAACAAUUCUCAGCUAAUGAUUCGUUCCUAUGAGCUUGGGGUGCUCUUUCUUCCUCAAAAAAGGAAUGAUUACAGUUUUUCCUGUACCAAGAAUGGCGGUUCAGCACAGAACAAGUCAACAGUCUCAAGACCAUCAGAAACCUUGGAAGGAAAAACAGAAUUGGUGACAUUGGCUUGGCAAGAAAACAAGAAGAGGGAAUCAUUGUCUGAAGUAAUUCAAUUGCCUAUACCUUAUGAACUCCCUCCUCAGCCAUAUGGCCCUGAAGAUGUACCCUGGUCUUGGGAACGUCGGUAUACCCAAAAAGACGUCCAUGGUGCAGUUUGGCCACGUCAAUUUUAGCUUUAUGCUUCCUAGGGUUCUUGAUAUAUGUCCUCUUCCCCCUCCAAGUAAUUAUUUAACUUAGGGUUCAUGUAGAGGUUCUUUUUCAUUGAGCUAUUCUCCACAUUAAAGAAUAUUCUGUUUAAUUUGUUAGGACUAAGAAUGUAGUAGUAUGGCAUAUUUUGCUAUCAACAGAAAAUUCAUAAAUUUGAAUCACAGCGCUCAGGUUUAACUAGAAAAUCAUGUAUAAUGCAAAUCCAGAUUGAUGGUAAAGUAUCACGUAAAUCACAUCAAUGAAAUUAGCCAUGGAAAUAUGACAAGUAA